AUGUGUCGCUCUCCCCUCGCUACCCGAUGCUCCCACGACUGGACCUGCCCCGACGAGCUCCUCGCUCCUUCCUCUCCUAAGCCUCUCGACAACAUCACCCUCCCGCCCUCCAGCCCGAGGCAGCACGCAGCACCAUGGGCAGAUGCGCUGCGGUCGCGCAUGUACCUGGUGGUCGUGGGCAUCGCGUACUUGGUGGCCAUCGUGAAAGUGAUCGUCAACGAGCUGCUGGUGGACGAGGAGGAAGACACCAUGGCAGGGUCGCCGACGGCAAGGAGGGCGAGGGAGCAGGAGGAGCUUUUCUCGCGGGAGGGCAUGGAGAGCAGGGCGACAGUGAAGCGGUCGGGGUUUGACUCACGGAAGCUGCUGAGGCCGGAGUUCGGGCAGACGUUCAAGGUGAUACGAAUGAGCGCGUGCUCAUGA